AUGUUCCGAGCCUUGGGCAGGCAGGGCGUUGCGCCCACAGCAGGCCUCUUCACAGGGAAUGCUUCCGCAAUUAGUAAUCUGACAAUCAAUGGAGAGCAGUGCAUUGCGUCCUCUCCUGCCACUGCUGCAGAUGGAAGUGUGGCGCAUGCAGAGGAUACCAGCAGCCAGUGUGUGGCUGGAGCUGGCGAGGCAUUUGAGGUGAACCAGGCCCAGUGCCGCAUGAUGUUCUGCUGCGGGCUGCCGGACACGGCACCCACAAUGAGGGUGCCUGCUCCAGCGCCAUCUAUUGACAUGAUGCCGUGGCCUGUGGCAAUUGUUGCAGAUCUGCUCGCCCCAGCGCCUGCACCGCUGCAGCAGCUGCCCCCCCUUGCAGCCUCACAGGGGCCUCUCACAGCAGAUGCCUCACAGCGCUCCGUUGCAGCUGAUGGUUCACUGGGGCCCCAUGUGACUGAUACCUCACAGGGGCACCUUCCAGCAUACCCAGCUGCGCCAGCCUCGGGUCCAGCAGUUCUGCCAUUUGGUUCCUCGACUAUUCCGGCUGGUGUACUGCGCAAUGCCUCCUUUACAACCACAGCGGCAGCAGACUCGUCCGCACCACCCCUGAACGGACGCCAGAUUGCCAUCAUCUCCGCUGCAUGCGUCAUUGUCGGCAUUGCAUUUGCGGCAGCCAUCCUGCUCACGUGUUGGCGCUGGCGUCAGGCAGCCCGCAGAAUCGCCCCUACCCAGCCGGGCAGGUCGCGCGCAUCUGCUCAGACGCUGGAGUGGCCCGGCUUGGGGCACGAGCUCAGGGCAGGCCACUCAGGUGCUCUGACGCUGCCUGACACGCCCUCCACCCUGCGGCCGCUGCAGCUGCGGCCGGCGGCGCGGCAAGACAAGCCGGCAGUGCAGAUGCGCGGCGGCGCGCUGCUGCCUACCCACACCAGCCCUGCGGCCACGCCUACCUCUGCCGGCCAUGCACAGCCGGUGGUGACUCAUCUCGUUGCCACCUCCACAGCGGCAGAGGCCCCGAGGUCAGCUUGGGGCCUGGCAGCAGCCGGACAGGGAUCCCAGGCGAAGGAGGAGAAGCAGCCGCCGCUGGCAGCGCUGCAGCUGGAUGCUGAGCGUGAGAGCCAUCUGCUGCAGCCGACGCCCCUCACUCGACGCUGGACUUGGCAGGAGGGAAGCGUAUCUUCCCUGCUGCCCGAUUCACCGAUCCAAGGCUCCCUGUGGCACGCCAGCUCUCUGCAGAGCCUUGCUUCCUCAAGCUCUGCGGGGUCGCCUUCUAGUCAUGCUGUGUUGCCUAGCCAAGCAGGAAAUGUCUUUGCUGUGGAGCGCGCAAGCCUGCGGCCUCUGCUGGGACACUACACAGCACCACAGGCAAUCCACGCAUCCAUCAAUGGGCAUGACGAGAGGUCCCAUCUGCCCCGUGCAUUCAGCGCACCCACACCGGCAUUCACGGACAUCAACUUUGCAAGAGAUGUGACUCUACAGGAGAAGAUUGGCUCGGGUGCUUUUGGCAGUGUUUACAGAGGUGAUGUCACAUGCAUGCACGAUGCUGCACAGGUGGAAGUGCUGAGUGGGCUCCAGCAUGACCGCAUAGUGCGCCUGCUGGGAGCCUGCCUCGCUCCCCCAACCAUAUGCAUUGUGGAGGAGCUUGCCUUGGGCGGCUCCUUGUAUGACCUUCUGCACACCAAGUCAGGGGCGCGGUCCAAUAACCCCAUGCCUCACUCCCAACUGCUCAGGGUGGCGAUAGAUGUUGCAGAUGCACUUCGCUGCAUGCACCACUUCUCCCAGCCACAGAUACUUCACAGGGAUCUGAAGUCCUCCAAUGUCCUCCUGGACAGUGGAGGCCGCGCAAAGGCGCCAGAGAUGUUUGAGGGCAGGAGGGUCUCAGAAAAGAUUGAUGUGUACUCGUUUGGAGUCCUGUUGUGGGAGAUGCUGACCGGAGAACUGCCGUGGGGUCACCUCUCAACUCCCAUGCAGGUCAUCUAUGUUGUCGGCGUGCUCAAGAAGCGGCUUCGCAUUCCCGAUCGAUGCCCUGAGACCCUGAGGCAGCUGAUCACCCAGUGCUGGCAGGAUGAUGCAGACCUGCGCCCAUCCUUCACCGCUAUUGUUCCUUGCCUGGAGGAGAUUGCGCAAGUCCUGGUCGAGUAG